GGAAAAUUCUGAAGUAGGCAAAGUGUCAAACAACACGUGGAAGUAAAAGACUAUGUUGACUGCAGAAACGAGGAACAGAACAGAAAAGUGUCAGAGUGGAUUCAAUGUGUUUGAACACUGGACUCUGAAUCUGUACCAAAUGAAAUCAGAGAAUGGCGAAUUGUGCUGUGGAUGGAGGCUGCCCCAGUGACUACAUAGCCAUUGCCAUAUCUACUCUCUCCUUCAUUGUGCUUCUUUUAUGGUCAAUAUUCCCCUUCCUAGUUCACAAGGUUCCUCGUACCAAAGGCAGUGGCUUCUGGAUACCUGUAAUUCAAGUUGUUGCCAGCUUCAACCUUCUGCUAUCACUUAUGAUGUCAAAUAAUUUCUUGAAAAUUGAGAAGAGGCAUUGGUGGCAGUCGUGCUACCUAUGGGGAGUCUGGGGUGAAGGUCCACUAGGAUUUGGUUUGCUGUUGAGUUGUCGCAUAACACAAGCUUCCCAAUUAUAUUUUGUCUUCGUCAAGAGGCGUUUACCGCUAAUAAGAUCAUAUUUUUUUCUUCCACUUAUUCUACUUCCCUGGAUUGCUGGUGCUUCUGUUAUCCAUAUGAUGAAGCCUCUAAGCAGUCGCUGUCACAUGAGAGCUCAAUGGACCAUCCCAGUUGUAUGCCUCCAUUCAUUGUAUGUUGCAACUUUGGUUGGGGUUACAGCUGCAGUUCAUCAUAUAGAGUUCAGGUUUGAUGAGCUCAGAGACCUCUGGCGGGGAAUACUUGUAUCAGCUGUCUCCAUUGUUGUGUGGGUUACUGCAUACAUACUAAAUGAAAUUCAUGACAAUAUCUCAUGGCUUCAAGUUUCCUCCAGAUUUCUGCUUUUAGUUUUGGCUAGCAUACUUGUUGUGGCUUUCUUUUCAAUAUCAAGUUCACAACCACUGCUCUCACAAAUCAGCUUAAGGAGAAGAGAAUCCAGAGAAUUUCGCACAAUGGGCCAAGCUCUGGGAAUACCUGAUAGUGGAGUAUUAGAACAAACUGAACCAAUUUCAAGAAUAGACCCCAAUGAACCAUUGGAUAAGCUUCUCUUGAACAAGAGAUUCAGGCAAUCUUUUAUGGCAUUUGCUGAUAGUUGCUUGGCUGGGGAGAGCGUGCACUUCUUCGAUGAAGUUCAUGAGCUCAGUAAAAUACCUCAAGAUGACUGUGUAGGCAGGCUUUAUAUGGCAAGACAUAUUAUUGAGAAAUACAUAAUUGCAGGUUCGGCUAUGGAGGUGAACAUCUCUCACAGAAGUAGACAAGAAAUUUUGUCAACUUCUGACCUCGCUCGCCCUUAUCUCUUCCAUAAUGCACUUAAUGAGAUCAUUCAGCUGAUGAAAACAAACUUGGCAAAAGAUUACUGGUCAUCAAUGUUCUUCCUGAAGUUCCAGGCAGAAUUCAAUGUGAGAUCUAAUGGGCACGAGCUGGAACAAAUGACAGGAUGGAACUUUUCUCCAAGGUUGAGUUCUGUGCAUGGAACAGAUGAUCCUUUUCACCAUGAGCAUCUUCUCAAGAGCUCAGGCUGUAGCAAUGAUACUGACUUAUGACUUGUUAGCACUUAGGUGUUUCAUACUCUACUUUUUGAUGGCAUGAUAAGAGAAAGAAAAACAAUUUCAAGAGUUUCGUUUUAGUGUGUGUUUACAUUAACAUCAAAUUCACUUAAACAUGUAUUUAUUCUAACGUUAUAAAAUAUAACUUUC